AUGGGUGGUCUGGAUACGGGCCGACGAGGACAGCAUCAGGGGGACGAUGAGGGCCUUGAUUUGCUCCUUCUCGGCAUCGGGGAUCGGGGUCGAGGAGGCGGCCGGGGCGGCGGCGGCAUCGUGGGGGGUAGGCGAGGAGUUCCAGCGGGCGCGGAGGUGGUUCUUGAAGUUAAAGGCGGCGGCCUGGCGGAUCUGCUCGUCGACGGAGGGCACGGCAACAAGGCGGAGGACGGCGAGGGCGUAGCUGGGGCGGUCGGCGGCGUCGGCAAAGGAGGACUCGGCUUGGCGACGAGGGGCGGGGGAGGGGGAGAGGGUGUGGAGGAAGCACUGGGAGAGGAACUGGAGCGUCUCCUGAUUCUACUCCAUGGGGAAGCUGCAGCUCGAGCGAGGAGGAGCUCCGAUGGCCGGGGGGUUUCGGGGGUCCGGUUGUCGCCUAGGGUUUUAGGUGAGAUUUUUUUGAAUGAGGAAGAAGCUAUGGAGGAGGGUGCACGAAUUUAA